AUGGGGUGUGGCAGGGCUGGGAGCAGUGGUUAUACCGACCCUGGCAUCACAGCGUUCUCCCUGCCCUCAACUCCCACGGGAGGGGAAGCAGCAGCAGCAGCAGCAGCAGGAGCAGCAGUGGAAUCGGCUCAGGAACAAGCGUUUCUCUCGUCCUCCCUGUCGUCGCUGCAGUCUCGAAAGCCCUGGGGCAUCAUACCACACACCUCCUCUGCUGGCGAUGCAGCCGGUGCAGAGGAAGAGGAGUCCGUCCCUCCCCUGCCCCAUCUACUGCAUCACCUGCUCAACCACUCAACGGCAGACACCAGCAGUCCCACUGGCGCGGGGCAGCAUUGCCCUACUGAAGGGCCCGGGGAAUCUGCUACUAGCAGUGCCUUGGCUGUAGCUUCUUUGGGUGCGACAGCUGCCCCGGGUGCUACAGCAUCUACAGCUGCUCGCCUGUCGCUCCACCUGACCCCCCCACCAGGAGAGCUGGAUAUUUCGGUCGACAGCCCUGCUGCCGGCCUUAGAGAGUCUGCUGGAGCGUCUUCAGGUGCUGUUGCUGUGUCAGGUGCUGAUUCAGGUGCUGCUGCAUGUGCCGCUUCAGGUGCUACCUCAGGUGCCGAUUCAGGUGCUGACACUUCAGGUUCUGGUGCUCCUAUAUCAGGUGCACCUGUUUCAGGUGGCGUGUCAGGUGAAACCACAGGUUUAGAGACAAGUGGCAAAGGGAAUCCAACGGCUGAAGCAGCACCUAAGGACACAGCAGCAGCAGGAACUAACAGCAACGGAGGCUCAUGUAUUGACACAGGAAACGGGAAAGGCGUUGAAGGGGGAACAGAGACGGGGGAUUUAGCAGCAGCAGUAGCAGCAGCAGCAGCAGCAGCAGCGACAGCGGCAGCAGCAAAAGUAGCUCCUCCGAAUUCUCUCCCCCUAUCCUCUCUUCGCCGCCCGGCCUCAGCCCAGAGCCCGCUAUCUUCCAACUCCCGCCACCGCCGGGCGGCGUCAGAAGCCCGCGAUUUCCUCCACGAGCUGGGAGCGCGCCGCCCGGCCUUCAUGAACAGUGUCGCGAAAUGCGGCCUGCGGGCGGCACAGCACGGCAGGAGUGCAUCUGUAGCGGUGCUUCCAGGGGCGGGAGGCAGGGGAGGCGUGGGCUCAGGGGAUGGGGUUUGGGUUGGUAAGAUUGCCGAUGGUGUAAUGAAUGUUGCUGGUGAAGCUGGUGCUGGUGACGCUGGUGAUGAUGUGGAUAAAAUUGCUGUUGGUAGUGGGGGUGCUGGUUGGGAGAGGUUUCCAAGAAACAGCAGCAGCGGGGGUGGUGGCAGGGGUGAGAAGGGCCAGAUGAGUCGGCUUGGGCGGCAUCGGUCGUCUGCUUCCUUGGAGAUGCCGCACCGGCCGUUCACUGCUGAGAGCUGGCAGCAUGUGGGGGAGGUGGAUCAGGGGCAGACUUUCUCCGUGAUGGCGUCCGCAACCGUCUCCGCUCCGUCCGCUGCCUCCGCCCGUCUUGCGGGGCCUUCCGCCGCGAGAUGCGGGCAUCCUGACACGUGUUCCCUCUCACCAUCCUCCGCUGGCGUCGCCAGACGCGCCUCCGCCGCCCUUACGAGCGACUUUCUCCCAUCGCGACCCGUGAAGGGGCAGGCGCUGCGGGCUUCAACGGGCCGCAAACCGCGAGCAACCUCCGGGCGCCCUGGCCACGUGUUCGCGUCUGCUGAUGUCGCGCAGCUGCGCGGGGCGCGCGAGGCGAUUAAGGACAUCAUCACGAGCAAGUCGUGCAACCCCAUUCUCAUUCGUCUGGGCUGGCAUGAUGCAGGGACAUUCGACAAGAGCGUGGGCGAGUGGCCGAAGCAGGGCGGCGCCAACGGCAGCAUUCGCUUCCGCCCCGAGAUCGACCACGGUGCCAACAAGGGGCUGGCGGGGGCCAUCGCGCUGCUACAGCCGGUCAAAGACGCCUUCCCUGCUGUUAGCUGGGCUGACCUGUUCCAGCUUGCCAGCGCUACAGCCGUUGAGUUUGCAGGCGGACCCGUCAUCCCCAUGAGGUAUGGCCGAGUGGACGCCACCAGCCCUGAGGACUGCACACCUGAAGGCAACCUGCCAGAUGCGGGCCCCCCCUCCCCUGCUGAUCACCUGCGCAAGGUGUUUUACCGCAUGGGACUCAACGACCAGGAGAUAGUGGCGUUGUCAGGAGCACACACAUUGGGGAGGGCCCAUGCGGAUCGCAGCGGCUGGGGCAAGGAGUCCACCAAGUACACGAAGGAUGGGCCGGGUCGGCCUGGAGGCUCCUCAUGGACCGUGCAGUGGCUCAAGUUCGACAACUCAUAUUUCAAGGACGUGAAGGCCAAGCAGGAUGAGGACCUGCUGGUGCUGCCCACCGACGCUGUUCUCUUCGAGGACCCGGGCUUUAAGGUCUAUGCAGAGAAGUACGCAGCAGACCAGGCGGCGUUCUUCAAGGACUAUGCAGCAGCGCACAAGGCACUGAGCGAACUGGGAGCCAAGUUUGACCCGCCCCAGGGGGUGACUCUGGAGGCAGAGGGGCCUCGCCCCGUGAAGUUUGUGGCGGCUGAAUACUCAUCCGGGAAUACCCAGACGGAGUUGUCGAGUGCCAUGAAGAAGAAGUUACGAGACGAAUACAUUGGGCUGGGCGGCAGCCCCGACCGCCCGCUGCAAACCAACUACUUCCUGUACAUCAUUCUUGGCGUGGCAGUGCUCGCCAUGCUCACAAAGCUCACAGGAGCUAUUUAA